UCAAUUUUUUGUUUUUGUUGCUGUUUCAAUUUCAAUUGUGGAAAUCGGCGAAAAAUCGCCAAACCUAAACGUAAACGUAAUAAACGAACCGGUCAGAGGAACAUCUAGAGAUCAGAAGUGCAGCAGAGAGAAAGAGUGAGCCAGCGACCAUAGAACUAGCUACAGUAAAGCACUGGGAUCAGGCGCAAUAUUUAUUAAACAAAGCCAGAAAUUAAUUUCACGACUUUCCUACGACGACGACGAGCUUGUAACUUAGUUGCAUCUGGCUUAAAAAAAAAAAACCGUGCAGCCCGCCCACCCUUCUCAUCCUGCAUCCCUGUGUCGCCCCGGCUUCUCUAUGCGCAGCUUGAACUCGCAGUCAGUUUGAGCAAGAGAGCGAGAGAGAGAGAGAGAGCGAGAGAAAGAGAAAGAGAGAGAGAGAGAGAGAGAGAGAGGGAGGAGAGCAAGAGAGGGAGCAGUAGAGGCAGUUUCAGCAGUUUUGGUGACUGCAGCAGCAAAAUGUACGACAUCAAGCGCCUGGGAGCCGGACAACAGCAGCAGCAACUACAGCAACAACAACUACAGCAACAACAACUACAACUACAACUACAACAACAAUCAAUUGGCAACACUUUAAACGAUCGUCUGUGCGGCUCUGCGGCAUUGCAGCCGUUACAGCUCACCUGCAGCGUUAUAACGCCCACGCACCACAGUCCGACGACAAUAACAGCAACAGCAACAGCAACAGCAACAACAGCAUCAACGACAGCGACACAGCUGAGCAAAAGCAGCAGUCACAUAAACUCCAACAACUUGGAAGCCACACACAUGACACUGUUGACGCUGCGCCGUCGCCGGGCGUUCCAGCGUCGCGCCUGCCUGCUCAGCAUAUUGGCCGCCUUUGUCUUUGGCAUGGCCCUGGGCGUCAUAGUGCCCAUGAUUGGACUGCCCGACUACUUUGGGAGCGUUGAGUCAGCAACGGUUACGCUUGAUAUGAGCGAGGAGCAGCCGAGCCCGCCACUGCCGUACAGUGUGUCCUUCAUACGGGAUGAUCCACAGGCGUUGGCCCACGUAGAGCUCAGCGCGGAACAGGUCUUUCGCAAUGCCUUCCAUUUGGAGCAGGAUAAGAAUGCGCCCGACUCGAUGAUAGUAAAGAAACUGGACACCAACGAUGGCAGCAUCAAGGAGUUCCAUGUUCAACGCACAGCAAACGGUCGCUAUCGCAAAGGACCCGAACGACGGCUAACCAAGGCCGCACAGGCGGCAAGCAGCAGAGCAGAUCUGGCCAAGCCGCUGACACAGUUCCACUUGCCUCGCGACAGUGAACUGCAAGCGGCGGGAAUCCUCGAUGAAGAUAUUUAUUGGGGCGAACUGGUGGAGCAGGCGCUGCCGCAAGGUUUUGCUGGGCAGGAUCAGCACAGCUGGGAGCGCUAUGUGGCCGGACAGGGUCAAGUGGUGAGACUGGAGCAUGGCUGUGGACGCAUGCAGAAUCGUCUGGUGGUCUUUGCCGAUGGAACACGAGCUUGUGCCCGUUAUCGACAGAAUACGGAUCAGAUACAGGGCGAAAUAUUUAGCUAUUAUUUGGGACAGCUGCUGAACAUUAGCAAUUUGGCGCCGAGUGCAGCGACAGUCAUUGACACAACGACGCCAAACUGGUCGGCUGCACUGGGGGACAUAACGCAGGCGCAAUGGAAAGAGCACAGGCCGGUGGUGUUAACGCGCUGGUUGGCUGACUUGGAGCCAGCUGGCAUACCGCAACCGUUUCAGCCACUGGAACGUCAUCUCAAUAAGUACGAUGUCUGGAAUAUAACGCAGCAAAUGCAGCGGGAUGCGACGACAACGAUCAUGUCGCGGGGAUUACUCAAACGGUUGGAGGCUGCCAACAGCCAAACGGACGCUCAUCAAUCACGCAUGCUUGAGGAGUCGUCCUCCAACAUCGAGUUGUCCUCAACUGCAGCGGCAUCCUCGACAUCGUCGUCGUCAUCGUCGUCGCCGUCGUCGGCGCUGCUGCAGCGACUAAUUGAAUUGGCACAAUGGUCGGAUUUAAUCGUCUUCGAUUACCUGAUCGCGAACCUUGAUCGUGUCGUUAAUAACUUGUACAACUUUCAAUGGAAUGCCGACAUUAUGGCUGCGCCCGCUCACAAUCUGGCGCGCCAGAGCGAUACACAGCUGCUUGUGUUCCUUGACAACGAGUCGGGAUUGCUGCACGGGUAUCGGCUGCUCAAGAAGUAUGAGGCCUAUCACAGUCUGCUAUUGGACAAUCUGUGCAUCUUUCGUCGUCCCACCAUUCAGGCGCUGCAGCGUUUGCGUGCCGAGGGCGCGGGUCGACAACUGCGCGAUCUGUUUGAGCGCACAACCAGCCCCAAUGUGCGUGAUGUGCUGCCCUCUCUGCCGGAUAAAUCAAUCAAGAUUCUGGCGGAACGCAUCGAUCGCGUGCUGGCCCAGGUCCACAAGUGCAGCGACAGCAACAAGAGCAGCUAAUGAAACGAUAUCCAAUCCAAUCCACGCAUCGAUAACGAUUGGACUUUUCGUGUAUUCAUUUAUUUGUUUUCUUUUUGACUGAUAAGUUGUAAAUAUCGUUGAGACACACACACAAAAGACGCAUAACUGAGAGAAAACUUGUUAAACAUUGCCUUAACUAAUAGUUAAACUUAACAUUAAUCAAAUGCCAAAUGUUCACAACUGGCCCGCUCAAUUAGUCAAUAGAAGCAGCUUAACAAUUCCACUUUAUUCGGGGGCCAAGUACGAGUAUUAGCAGGACAUCAGAUCAAUUAUCUAAAGCGAGUAUUAAGCGAGCAGUAAAAAUAGACUUUGACUUAAGUUUAGCAUUUUAAAAAUUGUUUAUAAUCGUAUAUUUCGUACUUAGUUUUUAUUUUUGAUUAGUUUUUGAGAUACUUUUUGUGAUAUUUUGUUUAAGCAGUUUAGUGAAAGCUAAUUAUAAAUGUCUAAGUAGAUAUCAUUUUUGUAUAAUUUAUGGGCCAUUUUCCUUAAGCGAAACAAAUAAAAA